AUGUACGGCAUGGAAUGUUGGCCUGAGAUCACAGGCUGCAGCGCCACUCCUUUCCCCGUUGCAGCACCUCGACACUCGGGGAGAAUAUGCCACAGCCAGGGGAAAUCAACAGUGGAACUGUUCCAUGCUGGUGGAUCAAUUUCCGAGCUGACGUCUUCGGUUCCACUCGCGCCAAUGGAGGAUGACGAACGUACCACGGACUUCGAGGUCCAAAUAUCACCUCGCGCGCGGUCCGGCAGUACAAGCAGCCACAAGCGAAGCCUCUCCGGCUCUCUCUUCUCAAGACUAUCCUUCCUACGAAUGAGCCAAGCAAACGCCUCGAACCGAGAUAUGCCACACGAUGACGCCGAUCUCCGUUCGAUGCCACACAAUCCAGGCGAAGGAUCAACCAGCCGCGCAAUGUCCGCCGCGAUAGCGCAGCGCCGAACAAGACGGCGCCGCGGCUCCCUCCGCAAGACCGCAUUGCUAGGAACCCGACUCGAAUCCCGAGAGCGAAGAGCCUCCAAGGCAGCCGAAGCUCUGCGCCCAGAUUUCACCCUCGACGACCCACAAACAUCAUCCCCUCUCAAGACUCAACUCUCCCCUGAUGCUCCUACACAACCCCCGCAGCCUCUGCGCCAAUCUUUCGACGAUGACCAGCCUACCUGGUUUCGCGCAAAAACUCAGAAACCUGUCCGCCCCUCUAUCACGCGUCGUCGCCAGGGUGUCGCGCAACACACACUACAUGCCGAGGAAACAGCCACCGAUGAGGAGGAUCUUGUUACCCUUCCGCGUCUGAAUAUGAAUCCCCAAGGCCAGGGCUCUAGUCCUCCAAACACCGCUGCGAACUUCCAUCUCUCGCCCCCUCCUCCGGACAAUUUCUACCUAUCCCCGGAAACAACGUACAGACCCGUUCAUCGGCCCAAGUCCUCGCCGCUAGCUACACACUCCGUCGAAAUGAAGAGCAGUCCCGAGGUAGACUGGGACUACUCGGAGACAGAGUGGUGGGGCUGGAUCAUUCUGAUGGUGACGUGGUUGGUGUUUGUUGUGGGGAUUGGAAGUUGUUUCGAAGUUUGGAGCUGGGCUUGGGAUGUUGGGGAGACGCCCUAUGCGCCGCCAGAGCUGGAAGAUGAUCCUACGCUACCAAUCGUUGGAUAUUAUCCUGCUCUGAUCAUUCUCACGGCUGUUAUGUCGUGGGUUUGGGUUGUUGUUGCAUGGGUUGGGAUGAAGUACUUUAAGCAUGCUAAUAUAUCUGGGGAGGAUAUCUGA